AUGGCACGACUUUAUGUAACUCUUCUCACAUUUUGGCCUCUGCUGUAUAUUGGUGUGCAGAGUCAGUCUAAAAGCAAAGAUACAUGCAUCUAUCAGGGAGAUGAGGAUACUUACAGCUUUUACGAGGGUGGAGAUGUGGUUUUGGGAGGAAUUUUCCCUUUGCAUUCUAGCACAAUACCAUUGGUUUCAACUUUCAUGACCAAACCUAAGCUAAUCAAGUAUAAAUUCUUUACCCCUCGAGCCCUGAGGUGGAUGCAGACAAUGAUCUUUGCUGUGAGAGAAAUAAACCAACGGCAAGACCUUUUGCCAAACGUAUCUCUGGGCUACCACAUCAGGGACAGUGGUGAUGACAUACCUGUAUCUGUAAAGAGGUCUCUUCUCCUGGUCAAUGGACAGCCAGAGAAGGGCAGUGGACAAAGCUGUGAAGAUAUACAAAAGCAGCCAAGCCCUGUAAUCGUAGGAGAGGCAUCAUCAGGAGUCUCCAUGGCUGUUCUGAGAACUCUAGGCUCCUUCAAAAUACCUCUAGUGAGCUACUUUGCAUCCUGUUCAUGUCUCAGUAACAAGAAAGACUUUCCAGCAUUCAUGCGGACAAUGCCAAGUGAUCUAUUUCAGAUUAAAGCUUUGGUAAAACUUGUUCAUUAUUUUCAGUGGACAUGGGUCGGGGUGAUCGGUGUGGAUACAGACUAUGCUCGGUUUGCCAUCCAGCUCUUCUUGAAAGAGUCAGAAAGAUUUAAUAUUUGUCCUGCUUAUGUCCACCUUUAUCCUGUUGCACUCACGCAAGAUGCAGUGGAGGAACUUGUGAAUAUUUUAAAAUCUUCUUCUGCCACAGUCAUAAUCAAUUUCUCCGUGGAUUCAUAUCUGCAUGGCGUCCUGAAAGAGUGCAGACGGCAAAAUGUUACUCAUCUUCAGUGGAUUGCCAGUGAGGCCUGGGCCACUUCAAAAGUCCUCUGGGAUGAUUUUGGUGAUUUGUUGAAAGGAACAUUAGGGUUUGCCAUACGGAGAGCUGAUAUCCCACAUCUCGGUAAUUACCUCAGAAGAGUAAGUGUUUCUGUUGUUCAAACAUCCAAUUUUCUCUCUGAGUUUUGGGAAGAGACUUUCCAUUGCCGGCUGAAUGGGUCCGUAACUCCUCAUGUACAUGGAGAAGAGGCACAGAACUGGCCACCCUGCAAUGGCAGUGAGAGUCUGGACGAUGUGUACACUCUUUAUUCUGAUGUGUCACAACUCAGAGUCUCCUACAAUGUUUAUAAGGCUGUGUAUCUUAUAGCACAUGCACUACAUGACAUGAGCAAAUGUGAACCAGGAAAAGGCCCCUUUCAGAAUGGGACAUGUGGGAGUCUGUAUCCAGUUCUGUCAUGGCAGCUCCUGUACUACAUGAAACGAACACAUUUCACAACAUUGGGGGAUGAGGUCCGAUUUGAUGAUAAUGGUGAUCCCAUUGCAUCCUAUGACCUGAUGAACUGGCAAAGAGGGUCUGAUGGCUCCCUUCAGCUAGUGAGGGUGGGAUUCUAUGAUGCCUCCCUUGAAGACAACAAAGACCUAGUAAUAAACGAGCCAGUAAUUAUGUGGCACAGAAGAGAGAAGGCACCAGAAUCAUUGUGCAGUCAAAGCUGUCUGCCAGGCUCCAGGAAGGCCAGGAAAAAAGGAAAGCCUGUCUGCUGUUUUGACUGUAUACCAUGUGCUGAAGGAGAGAUUAGUAAUCAAACAGGUGUGAUCCUCAUGGCUCCUCAAUUAAUGGUAUUUUGA